UUUAGGGCUGUUGCAGCACCGUGUUUUCAACUUAACGUUUAAUUGCUAAGCACUUACUUAUAAAUAGUUAAUACUAUUAUUUAUGUGCCUAAUGUCGUAGUUACGAUGAGUUUGAAUUUAUAUGAGGGCAACAUCCUAAAUUCCUGCUGGAAAGCAGGAGGCCGCAAGCCGCGGAAAUCGGCGUUUGCGCCACUCGAUCGAAAUGAGAUCGCAGAUGUGGAUGUAGUCGCCUGCUGCAAGCAAAUCACCGAAUUAAUUGAUGAAAAUGCAUUAAGAAAUCGCCAGGAGCGAUCCAAAGUUUUGGACACAAGAAACAGGCAAAAUGUUAUUUUCAAGGACAUUUCCCGUUUGGUUUUCGGAGUUACGGAUAUUUUUAGAUGCCAAGUGGAUCUACUUUUGGGAGAUACGAAGGUAUUACUUGAGCAAUGUACACGUACCAACUUGGAUUACGUUCUCACCACCACAAAAUCCGUAAUGGUCAACAAAUCUGAGAUUCGAAUCCAACGCAAACGAAAGCGGGUGAUCACCAAGAAAUCUAAAGUAACAGUAUCAAAACGUCCCAGACUGCAGGAAUCGGAACUGUUGGAUGAAUUCUCACAGGAAUACUACGAGCAGAUGCUAUCCGAAUGCCAGGUGUGGCAAUCGGAGUGCACACAACAGGUGGUGGAGGACCUGGACGAGUCUAUUGAACUACCUCGGAGCUGCACGCAGUCAAAGUCGUAUCAUUCUAUUACAAUCACCGAAGAUAUUAAACUUCCCGAAGAUCAUAGCUUAAUUAUGCCAUCAAAUGGUUUUGGCGAAGCCGAGGGUGCGGACUUAACCAUUUUUCAAGAGCUUUACCCCAAAGACAGCACAAGGAACUCACUAAAGCGACACUCAAUAGCUCAGGAUCCAACUGACAUCUUACCGGUUAAAAUGCCCAGAUUGGAUGAUUGGGAUGUUUUCCAAGCUGACAAUGCUAUCAUGACCCAAAUCUUUCCGCAUAACAUUGAACCAGCUGAAGUAACUCAAAUAGUUUGUGAGCCGACGUUGCCCUCAGAUUUAAAUUCUUUUGAAGAAAUAACAUUUAGCAAGCCGAAGAAUAAGAAAAGAAAGCUUAUAGUAGACAAACGAAUUGAAUACACCCGGAUGCAGCUGGUGAAGCAUAGACAGAAAUAUAUGGAAGAAUACAUUUCAAGGGAAGUGAUAGUGCCAAAACCAUCGGAUUUACCGAAAUCCCCCAAGGAACUUCUGUGUAAACUGAAUAGCAAUGUAAGUUUUUCAGCUCUUCAGAACCACUCCGGCCCUAAGCUCAGUAAUGAAGAAAUGGAAUUCGAGGCUGAAAACACACUGAGAACAAUAUUUGGCCGCGAGUUUACCGAUAAUCUUUCGAAGGAGAUAUUUGUACGACCAUCUCAGGCUACAAAAUGUGGAAAUAAAGAAGCACAUAUCUAUCAGCCCGAACCGCUUGAAGUGGAAGACUAUGUGCAACCUCAACUGCAGCAGCCUGAUGAAGUAAAUGAAAAUUAUAAUAAUAACGAAAUAAAUGAGCACGGCAUAUACUGUGAGGAUAAUAAUGCUAAUACCUACAGCGUAAUGAUGAGUCUCUUAAACAUUUGGCGUAAUAAUCCGAAAAUCACGGGAAUCGAUGCCAUUGAUUUUAUGAAAACGUUUGAUGGUCGCAUCAAGGUUUCGUUAGCCUUUCUCCAUUUGUUGUAUCUUGUUCGAGACCGUUUUAUAGAGAUAUCAAAGCGAGCUAAUUCGCUGGAAAUGUACCAGAUUACUCUUGGCAAAGAGUCCGCUAAGCUAAUAGACAAUCUUAUGCUGAGUGAGACUCUGUGAAUAUUUUAUAGUUAGUUGUUUUCAAGAUUAUCAAACUCACUUUGUAGAUGAUAUGUUGGUCGACGAUCUUGCACAUUUUUUGUUGUUUUGUUUUCUGUUGUUACUAUUGUGUUAUCGUAGUUAUAAGUUGAGCCAAUCUCUAAACUAGGUGGCUUUAAAUUACUCUUUUUCCAUACGAUCUUGUGGUAUAAUUGAGCAACGAUGUCCUGGAUAAAUCGUUUCAUUUCAAGAAUAUAAGAAUUCU